AUGCUCGUGUUCGUCGACCAAGGUAACAAGGAUGUCCUGCAUAUAGUCAGCAGGGAGAAAUUACAACAGCGAGUAUUACUUACGUUGACAUUGACUGGCUUAUUUGCCAGUGAGAUGACCUGGGUACGACCCUUGGAGAGACUCAAGGUCGUCCUCAUGGUUGCAGCAUUGAGGUACCUCAGAGCUGUUGAUCGAGUCGGCAUCGUCGGCGAGUUAGAGUCGUUGAGACUUGUUGAGGCGUCGGAUGAUGUGGGCGACUAUACUCAGGCUCCGGCUAGCUUAGAUGGCUCCGAUCUCCUGUCCGGCCCGGUUCCCUCAGGCGACUCUUCUGGCGACGACUUCUUGAACUGGAAGCUUGCCCAGCUUAACCAUAUGCAACAGCCGAAACUAGCCGGCUUCCCUAUACAUCAGACCGCUUAUAUGCGCGUCUCAAACGAACUGGCCUCCAUACAAAAAAACAACCAGCGCCUCUUACAGCAAAAUCGCACGCUGGAAACUACUAAUCAUGCAUUGAUAAACGCCUUCUCUACGCUCGCUGCCUCAGUGCAGCUCAAGGAACACGCCGAUGACCCUCUCGCCUAUGCCGCUUCUCAGGCUACCAAGGGACCGCCACGCAUGAAGAAGGAAGAUUGCGGCGCCGUCCAUUACUUCACCCGGACAAGCUACACCGACUAUCUCAACAAGUCGUCAACGAUCUCUGCGGGAAUCAAGAAGGGGCAGCUUCCCUUCCUCGAGUGGAAGACCGGCCAGCGCAUGGAUUCUGAAACGAAGGACGCGAUCACCCAGAUCGCAAUUGCUGUCUGGAAUGGCUAUGGCGACGAGGCGCCUACCUCUUGGGGUCAUGCGAAUAUCGACCAGAUCAACAAGCUUUAUCGCGAGAUACUACUGCAGUACCCCGAGGUCGGUCUUUGCGAGCACAAUUGGAAGCUCCAUGAGCUCGCCACUGUUCGGUACCCUUCUUGGCGACAAGGCUACGAUAAGCGCAAGGCGGCAGAAGCAGCUCUCGCUUCCGGAGAGAUGCCUGCUAUCAAGUCGGAUGACAACGCGGACCCUCUUCCUGAUGACGACACCAAGGAGCAGACCACAAACCGGGGAGCACGCAGACGCGGGCGCAAAGGCAAGCGCGACCUUACUGACCUUUACCAGAAAGACUUUGGAGGCGACGAGCACCAGUUGAAGAAGGCACGCAAGGAAAUCGAUGAUGCAGGCGACACAGGCAAGAAAACGGACGUGAAGGGAAAGGGACGUGAGGUCAGCAAAGACAAGGAAGGCGGUGAUGAUGGGAUUGAGGAGAUUCAGCCUGAAUUCCCUCCCGUCGUGGACUUGUUCGCUACUGUCAAGGCUGUCUCCUCCCCUGGACCAUCCGGCAUCAAGGAUAAGUCUGAUUUCGUGGUCAUUCCAUCAAGCGAGCCCCACCGAGUGCCGUUGUCGCCACCACUCACGACAGCAACUCCUGCCCAGACCCCUGUUCCAACUACACCAACGCCAGUAUCGGACGUCUCGGCGUUCUCUGCGCCCGCAAGUACCGCCAAGAUCCCCGUUCCGGCUGCGCCGACCUCACCCUUGGACAUCUCGGCAGCGCCAGCACCGGUGACUACUGCCCAGGCCCCUUCCCCGAUUGUGCCGACACCGGUCCCAGACGCCCCGACGGCCCCUGCACCUGCGAGUGCUGGGAUCGCCCCCGAUACUCCUCCUGUGUCGACCGUGUCAGCCUCUGCGUUGGCGGCGAGGGAACCUCACACAGGCUCUGUGGCUUCGAUAUCGUCGGCAAUAGCUGUGUCAGCAACGGCGCUCGCUGGGAAGAAGAUGAGACCUGCUAACUCGUAUACUGGACGGACGCUCGCUCAGCAUCGGUACCUUCACCACAGAGGCGCUGUGACGGCUACUGCCUUUGGAGUAUGGUGGAACACGCUCCCCAAAGCGGUCAAAAACAAAUACGACGAGGAGGCCGAAAGACUUCGUUCCGAAGGAUUGGCGCUGGCGGGUGGUGUAGAGCAGCGAGGAGCGGCAGGAGGCGGCGGCGGGAGGCGGCGGGGAGCGGCGGGAGGCGGGAAGCGGCGGGAGGGGGAAGUGGUACUAGCCAUUGUACCGAGUAGUGUGUGGUAUACAGAAUCAAUCGAGCUGUAUGGUGUUCUAUGCGCGCGAUACUGA